ACGACGACGACGACGACGCAGACUCAGAGGUUGGCCAUUAUUCCUCUCAACAACAAGUGAAUCCGUGUUCUGGCUGACCAAGUGACGAAUAUGCGUUCACUUCUCGGACUAAUCGCUGUUGUUGCUGCAGCCAGCCUGUACCUGUAUUCACUGUCCCUGUACCUUCCCGCGGCACCGCUGCGACGUCCUCAUCCAACUGCCGAGAGGAAACAUGUGGAGACAGUGGUGUCCACUGACAGCUCCGAAGAACCCAGCAGCAGGUUGAAGUUCCCCUCAGAUCUGGAGGAGCUGAGGGAACUGGCAGAGCUCCUGCAGUUUUACAAGGCAGAGCACACUGGAUAUGUCCUGCUCCUCUUCUGUAGUGCAUAUCUCUACAAGCAGUCCUUUGCCAUUCCUGGAUCCUCAUUCCUGAACAUUUUAGCAGGAGCUAUAUUUGGACCAUAUCAAGGACUGCUGCUUGUCUCUGUGCUCACCACUGUGGGGUCCACCAUGUGCUACCUCCUGUCCCAGGCCUUUGGAAAGCGCUACAUUGUUACCCUCUUCCCUGAUAAAGUCUCCAUGCUACAGAGGAAGGUUGUUGAGAACCAGGACUGUUUGCUCUUCUUUCUGCUCUUCCUGAGAUUCUUUCCCAUGACUCCCAACUGGUUUUUGAACAUGUCUGCCCCUAUUGUUAACAUCCCCAUCACCUUCUUCUUCUGCUCAGUCUUCAUUGGUCUCCUGCCGUAUAACUUCAUCUGUGUACAGACAGGAGUCAUGCUGUCUGAGGUGGCGUCGCUGGAUGACUUGUUCUCCUGGGAGAAGUUGCUGCAGCUGCUGACCAUCGCCUGCAUGGCUCUGCUCCCCGGCGCCCUCAUCCGCCGCUUCAGUCAGAAGCGUCUCAAACUGGAUGUCCAACCGCAGAAUGGGCUCAUCACAGAUAAGAAGGUCCAGUGAUUUGGUCUGGGAAUUAGUUUGUUCCCUGGUGCUUUUAUUGCCAUCUGCCCUCAAGAGUGAAUGUAUGAAGAGAAACUUUGCCUACACAAGUGUAAAGAUUUCUUUUAUCUGGAGUCCCUUACUGUUCUGCAGCCAUCUGGAGAUGGAGAGCUUUUAGGGAAUAACAAGAAUGGCACAGUGGGUUUCGAUGCCAAGUUUUUUAUGUGAUCACAACUUUGUUUGGGCACCGUAUGUACUGUACAUAGAUAUGUGAGUGUAUAGUAAUCAUAUGGAGGGAAGGAAUUUAAAGAGACUUUGCUCGUGCACUGUUAUUAUACAGUAAUAAGAGUUCUGCUUCACUGUAACAGCUAUUGUUUUAAGUGCCUGUCACGCAGUGAAAGACUGUUUGAAACGUCUACCUCCAACAUGGACUUGUGGAAAAGUACAUGUAACGGCCUACUCAUGUUUGAUUGUUAAGAUGCGUGUUUUUUGGGCUUAUGAUGUAAAUUAUUUGAUUUGUUACUGAAAUGCGUAUCUUGUUUGACAAUCACAUUUUGCAAUUUAUACAUUUUAAUACAGU